GGAUGAUGUAAUACGUAAUACAUAUUACGUAACUAUUAUGUUCGGUGUUCAGUGGGUACGGAUUCUAGAUAUUCAAAGAUUUCUCUGGUAUUCAGGAGGCAAAAGCAAACCAUUCGUACCACUUGGCUCCGAAACUCCUAGAAGACACUCCAAUGACGAUGAUGUAAUACGUAACACGUAUUACGUAACUGUUAUGUUAGGUGUUCAGUGGGUACGGAUCCUAGAUAUUCAAAGCAAAUUUCUCGGGUAUUCAGGAGGCAAAAACAAACCAUUCGUACCACUUGGCUCCGAAACUCCUAGAAGACACUCCAAUGACGAUGAUGUAAUACGCAAUACGUAUUACGUAACUGUUAUGUUUGGUGUUCAGUGGGUACGGAUUCUAGAUAUUCAAAGGAGGCAAAAACAAACCAUUCGUACCACUUGGAUCCGAAACUCCUAGAAAACACUCCAAUGAGGAUGAUGUAAUACGCAAUACGUAUUACGUAACUGUUAUGUUUGGCGUUCAGUGGGUACGGAUUCUAGAUAUUUAAAGCAAAUUUCUCGGAUAUUCAGUAGGCAAAAACAAACCAUUCGUACCACUUGGCUCCGAAACUCCUAGAAGACACUCCAAUGAGGAUGAUGUAAUACGUAACACGUAUUACGUAACUGCUAUAUUCGGUGUUCAGUGGGUACGGAUUCUAGAUAUUCAAAGCAAAUUUCUCGGAUAUUCAGUAGGCAAAAACAAACCAUUCGUACCAGUUGGCUCCGAAACUCCUAGAAGACACUCCUAAAAGAUUCCUAGUCGAACUCUCUCCAAAUCGAUCGGCUUCGCAGCCUAUAGCUUAUACUA